AUGAAUAAUGAUACACAUUCUAGAUCACUGAACAUAACUACUGAUGUUAUUGUAGGAAGUGCAAUUUUAACUAGUUUAUUAUUUGGAACAAAACAUGGGUUCGUCAGAUUUCUAAAGCAAUACCGAGAGGCUAAAGAUAUACCAAAAGCAGCAUUUAAGAGUAGGUGGUUGCUUGGGAAAGUUACCGCAGUUGGAGAUGGUGAUAACUUCCGAUUUUUUCAUACUCCAGGAGGAAUUCUUGGAGGUUGGGGAACUUUCAGAAGCAUUCCAAAAUUAGAGAAGAAUAUAACUGUACCUACUGCGAAGUCUAUAGCUCCAUCCCGGAAAUCUAAAUCGAAUCUUUUUUUAAAAAGUUUAUUCUUCCACAGAAAUAACAAGGUAAAAGAUAUCUCCAAAUAUUACAUGAACCUAGAUGUACCUUAUAAGGGUAAAAGAAAUCUUCCAACAAUUUCUGUACGACUCUCUGGAAUUGACGCCCCAGAGAGAGCUCAUUUUGGAGGAGAAACUCAACCUUUUGGGGAUGAAGCAUUGAAUUGGUUAAGGUACGUUAUUUUGGGGAAGAGGAUAUGGAUUAAACCGCUAUCGAUCGAUCAAUAUAAUAGAUGUGUCGCAAGGGCAGUAUAUUGGAGUUGGUAUGGUGGCUGGAAGGAUGUCAGUCUCCAGAUGUUGAAAGAAGGACUGGCUACAGUAUAUGAGGCUAAAACAGGAGCUCAAUUCGAUGGACGAGAGAGUGUCUACAGAUUACAUGAAUUUAUUUCAAAGUCCAAGUCAAGGGGUCUGUGGGCUCAAAAGAAAAUAGAAACGCCAGGUCAAUAUAAGAAAAGAACAAGGUCUUGA